AUGCCAAUCAGAGCAGCACCUGCGGCCGAGGCUGACUCCACCCACCGCCUCACCGCCUUCGACACUUCCAACAUCCACGUCGCCAGAAUAAACAAGACAAACAACGUCCUUCCUGCUCGUCGCUCGUCGCUCUUCUGCUCUCUUCAAGAUUCCAAAAUGACCGUCUACUCUUUCUACAUCUUUGACCGCCAUGCCGAGUGCAUCUACAAACGUCGCUGGCUACCUCGCCCUACAUCAAUCAGCGGCAAGGUGUCUGAUAUCCAAAAUCCCAACAAUAUCGUAGCAGCUGCUGGUCAGUCGCCUCGCAGUGCCGAUGAUGACGCCAAGUUGAUUUUCGGAACGGUCUUUUCCUUGCGCAAUAUGGCGCGCAAGUUGGGCGGAGAAGAUGAUAGUUUUAUUUGCUAUCGCACGUCACAGUAUCAAUUGCAUUUCUAUGAAACGCCAACCAACAUCAAGUUCGUCAUGCUCACCGACACGAAAUCCCCGAGUAUGCGCAUUGCGUUGCAACAGAUUUAUGUUAAUCUCUAUGUCGAAUAUGCAAAUGCCGCAGUGGUCAAAAACCCACUUUCUCCUGUCGAGCAUCCCGGUGGAAUCGGAGUUGAUAAUGAGCUCUUUGAAGAGUCCCUUGAGCAGUUUGUGACUCGUGUGCUUUCUUGA